AUGUAUGAAUCAACAACUAUAAGUCUAUCAGGUAACACGACAGAGUUAUCAACAAAUUUUUUCCCAAUACUAAUUGUAGCAGAGGAUUCGGAAAUAGCGUUAUUGAAUCUUCAGACGUAUAAUUCUUUUCCUAAUAUUAACGAAAGCAAUAACAGAUUAAGAAUAAUUAUAAAUAAAAACAAAAUCACAACCGAAAAUAGUAGUUCUCGUCAUAUCGAUGGUGUAAUAUCUGAAGUAGCUAAUAUUGAUAAAUCGACUGAUAUAUUCCAUAAAAUUAAGCAUUUGCAUGAACCUAAUAAUCAUGACCCGUCAUUGUUAAUAACACAAGGUCCAAAUUCAGAUGAAGAAAUGUUAGAUAUUGAAAUAGAAUCGGGGUGUUAUGAACUAAGUCAAAUAAAUGACUACAUCAAAAACGAAAUUAAAAAAACUAAUCGUGAUAUUGUAUUCAGCAUACUACCAAAUAUUAAUACUUUUAGGUCUUAUGUCUACUGUUCUGAAGCAGUCGAUUUUACUAUUGAUAAUAGUUUAAGACAUGUUUUAGGAUUUGAUAAAACAAAACUAGAACCACAAAUAUUACAUGAAUCUCAAAGAACUGUUAAUAUUAAUAUUAUUAAUUCAAUAAAAGUAUUAUGCAGUAUUGCUCAAGGAUCAUUUAAUGGUAACAAGCCUUCACACUCAGUCUAUGAGUUCUACCCUACAGCGCUUCAUGGCUCAAAACUUGUUGAAGCACCUAACAACUUAAUUUAUUAUCCACUAAUAACAAACGAGAUCAAUAAUAUAACUAUAACUCUAGUUGAUCAAGAUCAAAGACCGCUAAAGCAUUUAGGUGAAAAAACUACAGUAGUUUUACAUAUCAAACGGUACGGUUCAUAA